CUGCUGUACUGAAUGUGAGAGCACUGGCCCAGCAAUGACCAGCCAAUCCCAUGGAAUCCAUCAUCUUAUACAGGCAGAGAAAAAGGCCAAGGAAAAGCUUGAUGAAGCUAAAAAACGAAAAGCAAGACGUCUAAAGCAGGCAAAAGAUGAAGCUCUAGCGGAAGUGGAACAUUAUCGUCAAAUGAGGGAAAAUGGCUUUAAAAACAAACAAACAGGUAUAAUGGGAUCUCAAGGUAAAUUUUCGCUCGAGGUGGAUGAGCAAACAAAAAACAAGAUCCAGACCAUCAACAGCAACUUCAAUCAGAACAAAGAGAGUGUUUUGAAGCAACUAAUUGAUAUGGCUUGUGGAAUCAAGGCUGAGAUUCAUGGUAACUAUCGAGGAUAAAAAAUAAUUCUACCCUACGUCGAACUGUAAGCGUUCAAGGUGUUUAAAUUGUCAUCAUCUAAAGUAGAAUGUUUUUUCCUGGUCGCAACAAAACAUAUUAAAAAAAAAUUAAAAAACUUGAAUUCUCUUUUCUUUUAAUGUGCCAUGUAAUGAUAAUCCAUUUCUUAUUUGCUUUUUUUUAGUCAAGACAAAAUAAAGCCUGAAUGAAAGACAAAGGCAUCAAAUGAAAAUUAGGUUUUACAUUAAUUACAUUAAUAGAGCGGUAUUGGUUAGUGAAUAUAUAAAAAAAAUGUUGCUACCAAAACUAAUUUAAACAGCUUUCUUACCCAACGGUCUCCUAGGAUUUCCACACACUAUCUAUUAUGACAAACCUUUACAAUUUAAAAUUACAAGCUUCAAAAAAACAUUCUAGUAUUGAUUUGUACUUUUUUUUUUUAAAUCUUUCUUGUACUGUUUUUUCUUGAUUCUCCUUCCUAGAGCAUUGUAGAGUUGCAGGCAAAGUCUCAUUGGGAAUGCAUGGGCUAUGUCUAGAGCCAAUGGAAUAUUAUGAAACCAAAAUCUACAGAAUAGAUAAACACUGUUAAGCAGAAUCAUUUUAACGAGGAACCAUCAUCAAUUGACAGUACUGUUUUUCUUUUCAUUUUACAAUAUUUUAAAUGCCAUAUGCCAUCCCUUUCUUUCUUAAAUUGGUAAUCUGUAGAUAGUUCCUUACCCUGAAUGUCAUGCUUGAAAUCAGCAGAUGCCUCCUCGAUAGAUAGCAUCUGACCAAAACUCCUGGUAACACCACUGUUGAUUUUUGGCCCAUCGAUGCUAUAGCACCUGCAUUCUCUCUUGGCAAAGGAUGUGUAUGUACAGGGGAUUGUGAAUUGUGCGUUCUUCAAAAAAAAAAAAAAACAAAGUCUUCUAAACAAAUAAACUGGUUUCUGCUUA